CAAAAUAUCCGUGAAAGAAACACCAAACCAAAUUGCUGUCCGUACCAUUACCAACACUACUGUGCAGUUUGUCAAAACAAUCAAAACAAGGUCAGAUUUGCCGGUUAUUAGUGUUAUAUGGAAUUUAUUUUGUUCAAAAAAAAAUGAAUUUAUCUUUCGCGACUACCACACAAUAGAUCUCAGCAUGUUUAGCACUCAUGAUCAAUUACGAAAGCGAACGCCAAAGGAAGGUAUAGAUCGACGAGAGUAUAUAUCAUUGCUGGUGGAUGAAUAUUACGAAACACAGAGUCUAGAAGCACAACAGCAGGUGACGGCUAAUUUGGCAAACUUUGCGUACGACCCUAUCAAUUGGAAUUUUUUGAAGCAAGCCAAAGCUCAUGAAUUGUUCGUGGAAAUUUUAACCCAUUCUAUUGAUCCGCUAUUGCUGCUUCAUGCAGCGGCAGGAAUUUGCAAUUUAUGCUUAGACGUCCACGUCGCGGAAUAUAUCGUACGAGGUGCCACCAUACAACAAAUCCAAACUUUGAUAGCAAAAUACAGGAAAAGUAAUGAAUUGUUAGGCCAUCUCCUAACAACUUUGAUUUACGUGAAAGGAAAUACUCUGGAAAGUGACUUUCUCAAAUUAUUAGAAACUCUGAAAAACGGGAACAAUCGAAAAAUAUCCAACUUGGUAGAAGUCUUAUUGCAGAAUCAUGCUGUUGCAACAAAUCAGACAGUUUUGCAGCAGGAAGUUGCCAGCAACCGGACAAAUCCUAGAAUGCGUAAAACUUUUCAGCAGCAGGAUUUGGUCAGAUUUGCGGAAUUUACAGCUGAUAGUAAUCCUAUUCAUCAACAGCAAAACACUCGCCAAAGUUUUGUAAACGGUGCUUUACUGAAUGCAGUCACAGCAGGAAUUAUUGGCAAUGCUUUUCCCGGAUAUGUGGUAACCUCGCAGCAAUUUCGCUUCCCGAAUCGAUGCAGACUGGAUGAGGAAAUUUUGUUCCAGGUUAAAGUUGAAGAUACUAGGAAAAUUGUCGGACUUUCUUACAAGUGUGUUCAGACUGGUCAGAUUGUUUUCGAAGGUACGGCAAAACUGUUUGCUGUUAAAUUAUUAUAGCUUACCGACAUUAAAGUUUUGUAAUAUGUAAGCAA